AGCUUCAUUCACAUGUUGAGUCAUAGUCAGGUGCUACAGCCUCAGGGACAGAUAUGAAGGACCCACAGCUAACGGCCAUCAGAGCUCGCCUAUGUCUGAAGCAGAAAGCAAGCAAAAAAUCCAAAGAUGAGGCUCAGAAAGUGCAACGGGCAGCCCAGCCACUGGCCUCCGCUGCUGCAAGCUCUUUGCCAAAGCUGACCGAAGUAGAAAGAACCAGGCAGACACCGUUUGAGAGGAUUGUGUAUGACAUGGCCCACAGUGAGAAGAUCGUCAAUGAACUGAUGCUUGGCCGAAGGAUUGGCUUUUAUGAGCUGCGUGGAGAGAUUGGACAGGGAAAUUUCUCAACGGUCAGGCUGGGGAUCCAUGCUUUGACAAAAGAGAGAGUAGCUGUCAAAAUCAUGGAAAAGAUGCAAGCAGAGAAGAGGAAGCAGCCUUCGACUUCUUUAGAAAUCAGCUGCAUGGAGAAGCUGUGCCAUCCCAACAUAGUGCGUCUGUACGAGGUGAUCGAGACCAGCAGGAGGCUGUAUCUGGUGAUGGAGUAUGGCAGCGGUGGAGACCUGUUCUCCAGAAUCACCACCAGGGGGAAGCUGAAUGACCUGGAAUCCAAGCUGGUCUUUGCACAAGUGAUCUCUGCUGUUAAACACAUGCAUGACAACAACAUCAUCCACAGAGACCUGAAGGCAGAAAACAUCUUCUACACCACCAGCUACUGCAUUAAGGUUGGAGAUUUUGGCUUCAGUACAGAGAGCAGCCCCACUGAGCUCCUCACUAAUUUCUGUGGCUCUCCUCCUUAUGCUGCUCCUGAACUGUUUAAGGAAAAGGGCUACAAUGGACGCUAUUCUGACAUCUGGGCGUUAGGUAUUCUCUUGUACUUCAUUGUCACUGCCACUUUGCCUUUCUACGGAGACAACCUGGGGAGGCUGAAGCGUUGCAUCCUCCAGGGGGCUUACAGUAUCCCUUCUUAUGUGUUCGAUCCCUGCCAGCUGAUCAUUAAAGGCAUGCUGCGGCCUGUGCCUGCCGAUCGCUCCUCUCUCACACAGAUUACAAACAGUGCUUGGCUGAAGGGGAUUGAGUACCCUCAUCCCUAUGUCUUACUGCCUGCAUCACCGGCCCACUUUGCUCAGGCCAGACAGCCUCUCUGUGCAGAGGAGCAGGAGGUGAAAAACGUGCUGUCAGAUCUCGGUAUUGUCACAGCUCACUUACAAAACAAUCCCUGCUCAGACUGCAGGAGCCCGCUGACGGGGACUUAUCGUAUUCUCCUGCAUCGGGCCCAGAAGAGAAGAUCAGUGGAGGCUGUGGGGUAUUCAGUGCUUCAUCCUGAUGAGUAUCGGGGUCUGCAGACACGGCAUGCAGCACCCGUGGACAAACACAUUCCCUCAGCUGUCUGUGUUAUACUGUAACGAUAAAUCCAUGGACUGCUGUAGUUGUGGACACACAGGCACUUUAUCACAAACAGAUGUGCACUUUUGCUGGUUUACAACAUGCAUUGUGCAAGACUCCGCUAAAAAGACACACACACACACACACAGGCUGCAGAUCAGAGUUGGAAGCUUCAAGCGCCCCACAGCGUAAGUCAAUUAUAGCUCACAGACCUCGCUCAUAAUUGUCAGUGGAUUUCGGUUCUGAUUAUAUCAUCAACAAGAAAGCUUAGUGAGGCGAAACGUAUCAGUCACUGUGUGGUUAUAUGGGCAUCUUCCAAUCCCUCUUAGACAGAGCAUAAACCUGUCGAACUAAUCCAAGGCCACAGGUAAUCCCAAUAAGAGAGACCCUGAGAAUAUGCCUGGCCCAGCAGAAAUGAAACCUGAAACAAUGGAGAGUGAGAAACAUGUCCUGAAAAAAGAAAGAAAGAAUAAAUUUGGCAUUAAACCAAAUUAGGACCACAUGUGGUUAGAACAAUAGAGAAUUGUAGAAGCAGUCUGCAUUCAUCUUCUCAGUGCAUAACUGAUCUCUAAAAUGCCUUCACUCAAUGUCAGUGUAUAGAUGCAAAAGUGUGGAGCACAUAUAGUGUUUUAAGUUUCUCACAAUUGUAUUAAUAUGUUGCUUCUUGCUUAUGCUCUUGGUUUCUAUGCACGACAUUCACACUCGCAUGAUUUUAACUUCGCUCUGUGUUUGUUUUUUUUCGUAAUCCGUAGGGCCAAAUACAUUGAUGACAAUAAAAUCACUGCAAACAAUGUUUUCAAAA